UGUGCGGCACCCACAGGGGUAACCUCUGUGCCAGGGGUGCCAGACAUGAUGUCAAAAUGAAAUGAACAAAAAAUGACAUUAAUUAGAAAAGUAUGUGACUUUAAAUAACCCCCUUGUGUGACUUUGUGGUCAAUGCAUUUACUGUAUUCCUGGAAAGUGGAGAAGAUCGGAGCAGCCAAGAGAGACCAUGAGGAACAUUCGGAUCAACAGAUUACGUCCUGGUUAAAUCAAAAAAACUUCUCCUGCACAAUGGCCGACAAGCCUGACAUCAGUGAGAUCUCUCAGUUUGAUAAAUCUAAACUGAAGAAGACAGAGACGCAGGAGAAGAACACUCUUCCUACCAAAGAAAUAAUUGAACAGGAGAAGCAGGGUGAAGCAUGAACGUUGGCUCCUGUUCAUCACCAAGGGUGAUACAAGAUUCAAGCACUACUACAAACAGUUCUUCCAUGAGUGGAAGUCCUGAACCAGAAUGGACUAUUCAGCUUUGUAAAAGAAUUGAGCUGGUGCUGAUAUCCUGUUAUUAAACUUGGUGAAAUA